AUGGCGAACAAGUUUUCAGCGGUCCUCACCGCGAAGCAGGAACGGCAAGCUGGUGUAAGCAGUGCGAAUAUUUGGUAUACCAGCGGCAACAGUGGUAAAGAUCUGUGGAAGCUCAAGGCCAAUAACCCUGAGCUCUUUGCGAAACAGGGUGCUGGAGAUGCAGUGCCACCCGGCUUCGAAGAAACGGACAAGGCCGGUUGGUAUUACAACCGAGCAGACAAAAUCUUCUGGGUGCGGAGCACGAGGCAGCUGCUGUGGUUUGAUGAAGAAAGCGGUGAACACAAGGAGCUCUACGAAGGCCAAAGCCUUCCGCUCGCCUUCGGAGGCGGAGCGGCCACCAGCUCCGAGGCGAGCUCCGGAGCGAAGCCGGGAGCGAAGCCGCCGAAGACCGUGGUGAUUCCCGAUCUGCACCGCGUGGCCUCCGCCUUGAAGACGGAGCUGUCGCACGUCGACAGACCUGCAGCCAUGCUGGGCGUCUUUGGAGGCGGUGAGAUGACAGCCAGAGCAUUCCCGGAGAAAUUAGUCAAGCGCCUGGGUGCUUCACGGAGUUGCUGGUCCGAAGAGGAUCUGCGAAGGGCAGUGCAGAAAGUUCUCCAAGAAGCUGGCGGCGGUCCGGCGUCGGUGGUUGUCAUCAUGGGUUGCAGGGCCACUGCCGUUGCAACGGACGGAGCUUCAUUCCGGGUGACUGUGCGGCCGCUGCAGGGCUCCCUCGGUUUGCUUCCUGCGCCGACGUUGAUGGCUUCUUCUGCUACAUCCUCCAACACGAGCCUGUCUUUGAAAGAUGAGCACUGCUUAUUUGCGGCUUGCAGUGUGGGCGGCGGGUCCAAGUCUGGGCUCUUGACCGAGGAGGCCUUCGAGUCCUCCUUGGCAUCACAGCUUGCGAAGGGCUGGGCACGGACAGGUUCCAUCACGCUUCUGCAGUCGGCCAGACAAUCGGGGAUCCUGGAGCCGUUAGCAGUUGUUUGCGCACGCCUUGUGCCAACAGAGGGUGCGUCAAGCGAAGCACCUGCGAAGCGCUUGAAGACGGCCUCAACAAGCCCUAUUUUCACCGCGGGCACCACGGGCACAUCAGGACAAAACGGUGGCAAAGCUGACCAGGUGCGGCUGCGACAAAUCCUGCUCAGAGUAGCCGCUGCUGGCCCACCUGUCACAGAUCCUGUUCGGCGGAAGCAGGUGAAGCGUUCUCAAGAACAGGCAGAAGCUGAUAUGCUCCACAUCUUGCAAAGCCUCGAGGCAGACAGCAUGAAGAGCUUUCAGAAAGUGUGCCGCGAGAGAUCUGAAUGCCAAUCAGCGCUCAAGGGAGGGGAACUCGCUGGAGACAUGGGCUGGCUCGAUCGCGUGAAGGGUGUCGGCAUCCAGCAAGACCGCGCCAAGCAAGGCGUGCGGCCGCAAGUUCCAGCAGCAGUGUUGAAAGCUGCCUUUGAGCUUGCGGUCGGCGAGGUCCACGAUUUGGUCACAACAGAAGUUGGUGUGCAUCUUCUGCAACGCACUGCCUAG